GCGACACACAGAUAGCUGGGAACAGUGACGAACGGCGUUUUAGCGAAACCGGGCAGAAACAAAAGACUGUGGUAUUCUCAACAAGUGAUAUUGUGUUGUGAAAAUGGUGUCUGUGCAAACAAUCGCGACUAUAGUCGUGAAGACCUUCAAAAUUGUCCUGAACAUAGUGAUCCUCGUUCUGUACAGAACUGGUUACAAUGGCGAGUUCCUGGGGGUGGGUGGUACUUGGAACCUCAAUGAGGAGAAGAAUCCUGACGCUGAGAUCGUGGCCUCCGGUGUCAUUGUCGGCUACCUGAUAUACACACUCGCGCAAGUCGUCACUUACUUGUUUGGCACUACUGAACACAAGAGAGCCCUGUCAGAAAUUGUGAUGAACUUCGUGGGAGUGUUCCUGUGGAUCGCGGUGGGGGCUGUGGCGCUGCACUACUGGGGCGGAUACCAGGGCGAGCACCAGUACCAGUUUGUGUUCGCUGAGAAACAGGUCGGUCUGGCUGUCGGCGCACUCUGCGUGAUCAACGGCGCGGUGUACCUCCUAGAUACGGCGCUCUCCGUCAUACACUACACUAAAGAGAUGUAACUUAUGGAUCAUAUAUACGUGAAUUUAGUAACAAUUUCGCCCAAUUCCAGGGAUUUUUUGAGUGAGUUGGACUUGGAAACCGCCAAAAUUGCUCCACUAACGGAAACCGUUUCUGAGUACGGCGGUGGAGCUCGAGUAGUGUGGGCGAUGUCGGCGGGCGACAGAGAGGCAGAGGCGCAAGCCAAGAAGGGAGAUGAAGCGGCUUCGAACGACCGCGACAGCAGGGCGGCGGCUGCCAUCAAGCAGUACUGGUGUGUGGGGCUGCGAGCCGUCGAACUGAUCAUCGCAGUGAUAGCCAUCGGUUUGAUAGUCGGCGCCCUGUACUCCCCUCAAGUAGUCCAGUCAGACCAUAGACACAUCGCCGUUAUCUAUUCGGCUUACUCAAGCUACAUCAUCAUCACCGGCGUGCUGAUCAUCGCGCGGCUGUUCGGCGAGUCCCCCGGCUGGAGGACGUCCAUCGGUUUCUCAGUCCUCGGUGUCAUCAUGUUCACCGCCGCCGCCGCUGUCAUAUUUUAUGAUUGGCACAGGUCAUAUUACGCGAACCUCCGCCCUAACAAGCAAGCUUACGACCUCCUUAUAGCUUCAGGAGUGUUCGCAGUGAUCGACGUCGCUGUGUUCCUCGUCCAUGCGUUCAUCACAUUCAGAGAGGAGGCUGACUAUUAAGUCACUCCGCUAAUAUUCAACUGAUCUUCAUUUAUAAUUAUUAUCUACUUUCGAAACCAAAGUCCAUGUAAACAACCUUUUUUACCGCUACCAUAGUUGACAUAUUUUAAUUUCAUCAUUUCGAAUGCAUCCUUUUUUCUGUUAGUCUAAACUCAAUUUUCAAAAACCCGUUGUAAACCCGUGUAACCGACUUCUUUUAGUUUUAAGAUUUUUUAGAGUAUUAUUUUGACAUCAUUUUAAUUUUAAAGUUUGUUAUUGUCUAUGAAUUAAGUUAAUUGUGUAUAGGAUUAUUGUUAUAAUUAUGGACCUUUUGGGUAGCUAAUGCUUUAUUCUUAUUUAUGUACCUUUGAACUGUUGCCCUCUGCAGUAGCUACACAUAUUUCAAAGCAGGCAGGCUAUAUAACUUUAAAAAAGGCAGACGAUUUUCAUAUCACAAAAGGGAGGCUAUUUUAAUUU